AAAAAAAAAGGGAAUAAGACGAAACCUUUACGUUAAUACGUGCUAAAUAAUUGGUACAUAGAUUAAUUUCACCGCGCUUCGUUCUUUUCUUAUACUUCCCAGAUCUGCCAGUCAUUGUAAUUUACCUGCAAUCUUUUUUAUUAAUUUCAAGAUUUUUAUCAAGUUUUUGGAACUCAUUUUCUUGAAGAAAGAGGGAUCAAUUCAGUGAAUAUUAAUAAUAAUCUUAUGGAGAGUGAUGGGCAACGGUCCGUUUCUUUACGGUUGAACCGGAGAGGUGGAGACUACCGUAGCAACAACGAUAAUAAUCAAACACCAUCAAAUAAUUCUAAAGUCCAGUCUGAUGGUGGUGUUAUGGUGAAACAGAUGGUGGAGGUUUUUUUAGUGCUGGGAAGUUGCCAAGUGAUUAUCCUGUGAAGAUAAUUUGGAAGAGAGGAUUUGUUCGCUUGGUUCUUGUUGCCGGCAUUCUUUGGAUGUUACUCAUUCUUGCUGUCUUAUCAUUUCAUGUUUGGUCUUGUCAGUCUUCUUCUGUAUUCUUUUCAGUUAUCUGUAAUAAAGAAAGCAAGGUAUACAACUUUUUAAACACGUGGGGAUUUGUGCCGCAGCAACAUCGUUGUCCGAUCCCUGUCAUCGGUAACCCUGAAAGAAUAGUUAUUCCGGAGGGAAGAACUCAUGACCAAAUUGUUAAAAACAUUUCCUAUGUUAUGGAGGAUGAGGAUGGGUCUCAGUCAUCCCCAUUAUUUGGAGGACGUCAAAGCUGGAAACAAAGAGAGAAGAGUUUUAAUUUAAGUUCUUCCAUGAAGGUGCAUUGUGGAUUUAUGCAUAAUGGUGGUGCAGACAUGGAUCUUGUAGAUAUUGAAUAUGUCAAGAACUGUAGGUUUGUGGUUGCAUCUGGAAUUUUCGAUGGAUAUGAUGUACCUCACCAGCCUUCAAAUAUAAGCGAACGUUCUAGGAAACUCUUUUGUUUUCUCAUGGUGGUGGAUGAGAUCUCUCUUGAUUUCAUAAAGGAAAACGUUACUGUCAGGGAGGACCAUAACAGGGGACGAUGGGUUGGUAUUUGGCGUCUUAUUCUGCUGAAGCAUUCACCUUAUGACGAGCCUAGGAGGAAUGGGAAAGUUCCCAAGAUUUUAACCCACAGAUUAUUUCCUCAAGCACAGUACAGCAUCUGGAUUGAUGGUAAAAUGGAGCUGCUUGUUGAUCCAUUACAAAUUCUAGAAAGAUACUUAUGGCGUGGGAAGAAUACGUUUGCCAUUGCUCAGCACAAACAUCAUCGAAGCAUAUAUGAUGAGGCUGAUGCAAAUAAGCGGAGGAAACGUUAUGCCCGACCCCUCAUUGAUCUCCAUAUGAAAAUAUAUUAUUAUGAGGGAAUGGAGUCCUGGAGUCCGAAGAAAAGCAGUGUUAGUGAUGUGCCAGAGGGAGCUAUUAUCAUACGGGAACAUACAGCAAUGAGUAACCUGUUUAGCUGCUUGUGGUUUAACGAGGUCAAUCUCUUCACACCAAGAGACCAAUUGAGUUUUGGCUAUGUUGUGUACAGAUUAGGAGGUGCAUUCAGGUUCUUUAUGUUUCCAAACUGCGAGUACAACUCACUUUUUGUGUUGCAUCCACACACCCGAGAGCAUUCAUCCAAAGUAGAGUGGGUAAAAAGUAUAAGCGAAUUUAAGGGGAACGGUAGCAGUAUGAAGGAGAGCAGAGGCGGGUUAGGCCUGUGGACUCCUUAUCCUGGGGAUCUCAGUUCAGUUGUACUGCCAAAAGUAGCAAGAACAUCAAAAGCAGGCUGAAGUUAAUCCUUUUGACACUUUUAACAUUAUUGAUCUCUUUUAUUAAUUAGCCCCUAAUACAUUAUUAGAGAAAGAAAACCAAUGCCUAGCCCAGUUCUGUACAUUAUCUGUGAAAGAAAAGGAAAUGUCGGGUGCUUAAUUUUUGUAUCCUGUAGGUUCUAGAAAUCUGAUUACCUUUUAAAAUCACUCUGAAAAAAGCCUGAACACCUUUUGAAAGAUUGUUUUGUUGUUCAUGGUUUGUGUCCUGCCAACUUCUUUUAAUAAACUUUUCCAUAUUAAAGACAUUAUUAUCAAGCAA